UCAAACCUUCUUUACUUCACUUAUAAAACCUCUCUUUGCACCUCACUCCUCCCAUUCUUCAUUUUCCUCCAUCUAUCUUGAGAGCUUGUCUGCAGAUAUUUCGUUAAGAUGGGUAAGGAAAAGAUUCACAUUAGCAUUGUCGUCAUUGGACAUGUCGACUCCGGCAAGUCUACAACCACUGGUCACUUGAUCUACAAGCUUGGAGGUAUUGACAAGCGUGUGAUUGAACGUUUCGAGAAGGAAGCAGCUGAGAUGAACAAAAGGUCGUUCAAAUACGCAUGGGUGCUUGACAAACUUAAGGCUGAGCGUGAACGUGGUAUUACCAUUGAUAUUGCCUUGUGGAAGUUUGAGACCACCAAGUACUACUGCACAGUCAUUGAUGCCCCUGGACAUCGUGAUUUCAUCAAGAACAUGAUUACUGGUACCUCCCAGGCUGAUUGUGCUGUCCUUAUUAUCGACUCAACCACUGGUGGUUUUGAGGCUGGUAUUUCUAAGGAUGGUCAGACCCGUGAGCAUGCUCUGCUUGCUUUCACUCUUGGUGUCAAGCAAAUGAUUUGCUGUUGUAACAAGAUGGAUGCCACCACACCCAAAUACUCCAAGUCAAGGUACGAGGAAAUUGUCAAGGAAGUUUCUUCAUACCUGAAGAAGGUUGGAUACAACCCUGACAAAAUCCCAUUUGUGCCAAUCUCCGGUUUCGAAGGAGACAACAUGAUUGAGAGGUCGACCAACCUUGACUGGUACAAGGGUCCAACCCUUCUUGAUGCUCUUGACAAUAUCAACGAGCCCAAGAGACCAUCAGACAAGCCCCUUCGUCUUCCACUCCAAGAUGUUUACAAGAUUGGUGGUAUUGGAACUGUGCCUGUGGGACGUGUUGAGACUGGUGUCAUCAAGCCUGGUAUGGUUGUUACCUUCGGACCAUCUGGGUUGACAACUGAAGUUAAGUCUGUGGAGAUGCACCAUGAAGCCCUUCUUGAGGCUCUCCCUGGUGACAAUGUUGGGUUCAACGUUAAGAAUGUUGCSGUSAAGGAUCUKAAGCGUGGGUWYGUUGCWUCCAACUCCAARGAUGAYCCRGCMAAGGGUGCWKCKARYUUCACYUCYCAGGUKAUYAUCAUGAACCAYCCWGGSCARAUYGGWAAYGGYUAUGCACCMGUKCUSGAUUGCCACACCUCCCACAUUGCUGUUAAGUUCCAAGAGCUAUUGACCAAGAUCGACAGACGAUCUGGAAAGGAGCUUGAAAAGGAGCCUAAAUUCUUGAAGAACGGAGAUGCUGGUAUGGUGAAGAUGAUUCCCACCAAGCCCAUGGUUGUUGAAACUUUUGCCGAGUACCCACCUCUUGGAAGGUUUGCAGUGAGAGACAUGCGUCAGACAGUCGCUGUUGGAGUUAUCAAGAGUGUUGACAAGAAGGACCCAACGGGAGCUAAGGUGACCAAGGCUGCAGUGAAGAAGGGAGCCAAGUGAUAAAGUGAUUGUGUUUUGGUUAUUAUGGUGUUUUUAUGUUAUCUGUCGUCGUUUCAAUUACUAGUUUUGAACUUUACAUUUUGUUGAAGAGUUUUGGUAUUGCAGACUUUUGUUGUGGGUUAAAUUUAUAGUGGUCUACCGCAAUGAGUUUGUUGUUGGAGUCGGUAAAACAAUUUCAUAUCUGUUAUCCAACUUUUUUACAUUUCCUGAAUAUUUAAUUUUUUUU